AUGGCUUAUGAUCAACGAUGCUGGAGCUGGACUGAAGCUCUCGUUUUUUCCGUUUCAGCGGCAUUAACAACGGGACAUACGACGGUUAUACCCAAUCCACUUCAAGGAAAUGAAGUAAAUGAAAAUACAUUACCAUAUGCGAUGUUCUUCCUUAUUCUACACGUUUGGAUGAUUUCUUUUGUGGCACUUCUUCUCAAUUCAACAAUAUCACUAGUUCAAUGUAUUCAUAAUUCGCAGUGGGCAGAAAUAAGCGAUGAAGAAUUCGUUGAACUAGAAGAAAAACUGGAAAGUAGGAAACGACUUCGACAUUUCGACAAUCCGAAAUAUGAAGAAUGA